AUGAGAUCGAUUCUGUUGCUCGGUCUCCUCGUUUUGUCCGCUUUCGCGGCCAAACAUCCGCUCAGCCGGUUUAAGGAUUUUGGGAGGAAGACUGAAGACAGCUUCGAGGAGGAGUCGGAUGAGGAAUACGAUUUUGGAGAUGAGGAGAGGGCGACGGAGGUGGAACCUGUGAUUGUCUGCAGGGCGGAUGGAAGUAAGUGCUUUAUCAUCAAAAUUGCAGAAGUUCAGACGUUCGCGUUAGCUUGAAAUUUUGCGUAUAGUAAGAGCUGUGUUCGAAAACUUGAAAAAAAAAUUAAUUUUUCGCUAUUAACUUUUGCUGUAGAAAGGUCGUUCUAUGAGGGUUUUACAGGCUCCUAAUUUUUGUAAUAUAGCGACUUUUAAGGACAUCCGAAAGGUUCAACGUGUUUUGCAAACUUUCUGACUACCGCUCUCCACAUUCAUCGCAGUGUCUCACUCUCAAAUAUCGUCGAAUAUAUCAAUAGCCGCUGCAAACCCUAAGCUAAAAUUUUGAAAAAUUGACACGCAAACCAUGUCUUAUAUAAUUGAUAAGAAAUGCGUAAAAACCCCAUCAAAUGCCGUUCCUUUCCCAAAUUGUACCCUCAAAUUUACAGAAGACCCAUGUCAUUGCGACAAGAACAAAGGAAUCAUAAAUUGUCGGAAGUUGGCCACACAGAAAGGCAAAGAUGUCCAUGGCGGCCAGCUUCAAGUUGCCGCCAUAAAAACCGAGGACGAUGAUUUCAAAGCCAAAUACAUUGUAAUGGCCAACAAUCGGAUCACAUAUUUGGAUGGGGAAACUAUUACUCCGGGACAGCGGCUAACGGUCGAAGCAUUUGACUUCACUUACAAUCAAAUUGCUGUGAUCAAUCCACAGACCUUUGACAACUUCCCGAAACUGGAGAAAUUGCGGCUGAGCUACAACUUUUUGAAAUUGGAUUCGACGAUGGAGUAAGUUGAAAAAAUGUUGGAAAUUGCAGCAGAACCUAUCUAAAAGAAAUUCAAGAAAUUCCAAAACAACACAGUCUCGGUACAGCGAACAAUUUCAAGGUUCCACGUGUAAUUUUUAGGCCAAUAAGAACUUCUGUACAGCGAAGUUCCUCCAUAAUGAAUAACUCUUUUAUCCCCCUUUUGGCCCUUUAUACCAAAACUUGACUAAAAAUAAUAAUGAUCUAAUAAACCCAAAUAUAUUUCAGUGGCUGGAUAACCGACAAGCUGGGCGACUCCCUCAAGAAGCUUUAUUUGGAUUACAAUUCGAUUGACAAGAUCGAAGACGGAGUUUUUGAUCCGCUGAAGAAACUGGAAACAUUGGUCUUGGAUGGAAAUCCGCAGCUCAAAUUGACCGACAAAACUUUUGGAAAGGAAAUGGCCAGCUUGAAGGAACUGUCAUUGGAUCACUGUAAAUUUACAACUCUUCCAGACAAGUUGUUCGACAAUCUAAAGUAAGACUGUUUGAAUAGAGAUUUUUUGAAGUUUAGGUGAGAUAUAAACGGACUUGGGUUAUCAACAUUUUACUUACAGAUCUCUCGAGAGCAUCUCCCUGAUCGGAAACCACUUUGUCUCCAUUCCCUCUGCUCUUGGAAAUGUAGCCAAGCUGACAUACAUCGAUUUGAGCAAAAACGAAUUGACCGAGAUCCCUGAAGACUCGUUCAAAAAGAAUCCAGAGUUACAAGCAUUGUUCCUCAAUGACAACAAAUAUUUGAGCAAGGUGGAUGACUGUGGACUCUGUGGUCUGAAGGAAUUGAAAAAAGUGAUUUUGAACAAAAAUCCACAACUUUAUCACAUCCACAAAAACGCCUUCGGCUAUGCGGAAGGAGACGGGCCUAAGGCGCUGGAGACGCUACUCCUUGACCAUUCAAAUUUCUCAACUUUGGACAAGGAUACUGCUCCAUGGGACAAGCUGGACCAGUUGGCUUUGGGAGGAAACCCAUGGAAUUGCAAUGAUGAUUUGGACUGGCUGCUGAAGACUCCGGGCUUGCAUCUGACUGGAGAAGAGGUGCCAAGGUAAGUACGACUUUUAUGGAAAAAACAUAAAUGGCAAGUCAAUACCCUGCACUUUGGAUGAUGGGGUCUUUUUGUUCCCGGUCCGGUACUGUCUCCAAUACGCUUUUGUCCGCACAUUUUUUUUACUUUUUUCCAUAAUCCGGAGCUUUCAUUAGCCAGUUUUUUCUUACUAUGACUUCCGUAUAGGCCGGUUCAGGCUCAUGAACAACACACGUGAAUUUUUCCCCCAGCCUUUCGGCCGCAGCUUAGAGACGUCUUGGCGAUGUUAAGCAGCGGAAUCUUGGCAUAACGUUAUCCCACCUCCGUGGCGUCCUAGCUAAGCUUACUGAUCAGCAUUAACCAUUUGAGCAAUAAUUUUGCGCUAUGAAAGGGCUAACAAACGGCCGAUAAUGAAGGCUAUGCCAAGAUUCCGUCGGCCCACAUUUCCCGAAAGGCGAUAAACACACUUCUGAAACAACAUUCGAACUUUUCAAAUUAACCCAUAUUUUUCAGGUGCCAGGCUCCAUCAGACCUCGCCGGCAAAUCCAUAAUCAAACUUCGCGGUGAUGCUGGAGUAAGCAGCGACUCUGACAGCUCAUUCUUCGCCAGUGCCUUCUUCGCACUUCUUGGUUUAAUUGCUAUUUCCGGAAUCGUCGUCGGUGGCUUUGUUCUUUGGACUCGUCGCCCAAGCAACCCGUUCUAUCGCCCCACCAUGCCUAACGUUGGGUUCAGUAAUUUGACUACGGAGUUGGACAUGGAGGACGAGGUAAUGUCGCUGGCCGAGGAAGCCGACCUCGAUGAGCCUAAACCUACACCGGUGUAA